UUUUUUUUUCUUUUAAGGUGAAAUCUCAACUUCAAUUUGAAUUUGAAUUUGAAUUUGAAUUUGGUGCGAAGGAGGAAGGUGAGUGUUACAUAUGUAUGGCGGCCCCCAACAACAAUACGACGGCGAAGACAGGAACCCCGAUAACAGCUGUUGUUGUUGCGCCCAAAUCACAACGCGGCCAUAACAAGCCAAAGUGCAAGCAGUGCGGCAAUGUUGCUCGUUCUAGGUGUCCGUAUGAAUCUUGCAAGAGUUGCUGUUCGAGAAAUCAAAAUCCAUGUCAUAUUCAUGUGUUAAAAGCUAGUUCAAUUUUUCCAGACAAGGCACCAUCUUCUGGGGCUGCCCCACUUGACCACCAAUCCUUAGAACCUCAAUCAACAACUGCAGGUAGAGUUGCAUCACUUCGACAACUUUCCAAUAGUUUUGCUCAGUUCAAUAAUUUGCACAUUUCACUUCGUUCAAAGAAGCCUCUAACUAGAAAGGAUGCUGCAGCUAUCAAUGAAUGGAGAUUUUCCAAGUUAAAGGAAUACAAGGAGCGAAGUAUUGAAGUGGAAAAUGAAGCUUUUGACCGGUACAUGCAGAACGUAGAUUUAUUAGAAGAAGUAUUAUCUGUGAAGACUUCGGAUGAAAAUGUGUCCUCUGCGUCGGAGUCUAAUCCUACUACAGAGAACAAUGAGAUAAUGAUGUUGCAGCUUAGAUCAAACACAUCGAGAAGUGAUGGUGUGAGAAUGCAAAUACAACAAAUUGUAGAUGCAGGCUUAAAGAAACUUCAGAAGCGUGCUGUAGAUGGUGACAUCGACGAAUCACUUGAUGAAGAAGCUAAUGAAGCUUCAAAAAGGGGAAAGAGAACCGAAAGGUUAUCAGCUAUAAGCGAUCUUAUGGAUAAAAUUAAUAAAGCACGAAGUGAGGAGGAUUUGAAGUCAUGCGAGGAGAUGAAGUUCCAACUCUUCAAUUCGGACGAAGGCUCUGGCAUGAUAGAACCUAAAGACAAUGAAAUGCAUAAUAAUCAAACUGCUGAAAGUGAUGUGGAACCAGCAAAAGAAUUGGAUUAUUCUUUACCAAAAUUGAUUGGGACCACUGAAAUUGAUCAAGAAACUCUAAAAACUGUAGACAAACACUUUUCUUCCCUUGAGCAUGUAGAAGAGUUAUGAGGCUGGAUUUCUUAAUAAUUGAGAUUUAGCUUCUGGAGAGAAACAGAAAUCUGAAUGUUGUACUGUUCAAGGAAAAUGCUAGUUAAUCAGAAUUAGGUAGUGAAAUGGAAAAUGUUUUAAAAACCGGACUAGACCUGCUAGUUUAAGUGGACUGUGAAUCGGUUAUAUUUUAGUUUGAAUAUUAUUCAGUCUA